AUCUCUGUUGUUCAUUCACUCAUACACACACUCCAAUCCAUCCACACGUAUUUGACAGACACACACAGCAUGUAGGCACUUUCUAAUUCAUUCACCUCCCUCGCUCACACACUCACAGUUUCUUUUUACAACCUUGAGUCGUAUUUUCACUCCUCUCCUGCCUAGAGAGUCUUGAGAAGCAGCUACGCCACCUUAACUUUAAAACCGCCGUCACAGAAAACAGGAGAGAGAAGAGACAGCAAGAACAGAAUAAAACAAAUUCAUUGAAGUGCUCAGAAGGAUGGAAUAAAGAAGCAUGAAAGUCACAAAAACCUCAGAACGAACCACUUUAUGAGAGGAACUGACUGAAGGAGACAAAGCUCAGAAAUUGACACGAAAUCAGUUCCAGCUGUACGUGUGUUUGUUUGUGUGCCGCCCUUGACCUGACUGGACUGACGCCAUGUUUUGGACGCUCCUCCUGGCUUUGAUCCUACUGCUGUUGCUCCAGGCACAGCUGCUUGUUUGUCUACACGAGCUCCGAGCCUCUCUGACCUCAGUGACUUCGGCGACCCCAUCUGUUACUUCCAAUGCUUCGGCUUUGCAACGCCUGCCAGGAGCCAUAAUCAUCGGGGUGCGCAAAGGAGGCACCAGGGCCCUCCUAGAGAUGCUCAACCUCCAUCCAGAUGUGGAAGUAGCCAAGAACGAGAUCCACUACUUCAACCUGGAUGAAAACUUUCGGAAGGGUCUGGACUGGUAUCGCGCCCAGAUGCCCGUCACUCUCCCCGGGCAGCUGACGGUGGAAAAGACCCCUGGCUACUUCACAGCGCCACUGGCCCCAAAGAGGAUAUGGGCCACCAAUCCAGCUGUGAAACUGCUGCUGAUCAUCCGUGACCCUGCAGAGAGACUCGUAUCAGACUACACACAAGUCCUCCAUAACCGCAUCCAGCAAAACAAGCCAUACCAACCACUCGAAGAGCUGCUGCUGUCUCAAGGACACAUCAACCCCAAAUACAAGGCCCUCCAGAGAAGCUUUUACUACCAGCACCUUGCCAGAUGGUUGGAGCUUUUUCCCAGAGAGCAGAUGCACAUUGUGGAUGGAGAAGCACUUAUUAGGAACCCAUUCCCUGAGCUGCAGAAGGCGGAGACGUUUUUGGAACUUCCACCUCGGAUAAAGCCAGACAACUUCUACUUUAACGUCACUAAGGGCUUUUAUUGUAUGCUUUCUGCAGGACACGACAAGUGCCUGGAUGAAUCUAAAGGAAGACCCCAUGCACCGCUUAGCAACGAAGCUUUCCAGAAGCUUUGCCGCUACCUGCGAGUUCCCAAUCAAAUCUUUUUCAGAAUGGUGGGACAGAGGUUUGAAUGGUGCUAAAGACAGACAGGAAAAUGAUUGACAGCUCUUAUAGAGACUGAGAAUGGGAUUUAAACUACUGCCGGGAACCCAUUUUGUGAAAAUGUUCUAAUAUUGACAAAGGAAUAUGGCAGCAACCAGUUUGCAGGAGGGCUAAGCAAAGAGACUAGCACCAAAAAUAGUUCUGAACACUGAUACACCUACAGUUUGUCUUCUGUGGAAAAUAGAAUAGAUCUGCAGGACUUCAUAUGCUUUAAAAAAAAAAACAGAAAAGAAACACUUCUAACUCUAAAAGGCUCAUUUCAAACAGACUGCUGAUUCGGAGGAAAUGACAUUGAAAAGAUUGGAAACGUCCAAGUACUGAAAACGUGAAAACUCCAACAAUUGCAUAUAAUAAGAAAAAUAAAAAAUAAAAUGUUACUUCCCGUGGUACUUGAAGCAUUUAACAAAAAUAUUGCUUUGCCAGCUGUAAUUAUUGUAGUCUAAUCAUUUAAUUCAUGUUUAAUAUACUAAUUUGUACUUGAAUAUUUUAUUUUCGUUUUUGAAUAGAAAUGUCUAUUUUUUAAAUUAAUUGGUUCUUUAAAUUAAUAAGAUAUUUCAUAAUGUCUUAAGUUAAUGCACUAUAAAACUUCUGUUUUCUAUUUAAUAAAUAUAUGUACAUAAGACAUCUCA